AUGGCGGGACCCCAGGAACCUCUGAGUGGGAAGCUCCCACUCUGCUUUUCCCCGGCUCCGCGGACCAGCCUCCUGUUGCUCAGGCUCAACGACGCGGCACUUCGGGCACUGCAAGAGUGUCAGCGGCAACAGGUUCGGCCGGUGAUCGCCUUCCAGGGUAGUCGUGGGUACCUGAGGCUCCCAGGUCCUGGCUGGUCCUGCCUCUUCUCCUUCGUAGUGUCUCAGUGUGGACAGGGAGGUCCUGGUGGUGGCUUGGAUCUUGUAUGCCAAAGAUUGAGCAGAUCUAGACCUAACCGCCUCUACUGCCUGGGCCCACUCAGAGAACGCCUCACAAUUUGGGCAGCCAUGGAUUCUAUCCCAGCCCCAUCCUUAGUUCAGGAACAUAUCCUGACCGAAGCAGCAAGAGACCCAGAGAGUUGGCAGGAUACUGAAGAAGAUUCUGAAGGAGACACAAUGUCACAGCCACAGAUGGCACUGGAAGAGGUGCCAGAUGCACUGGCAAGUAACCAAAGACAGUCACUCCCAGGAUCCUCAAGGGAACACAUGGCACAGUGGGAAGUGAGGAACCAGACUCAUCUUUCAGAGAGAGAGCAUGAUCAGAGACUGCUUUCCUCUGCCAGCCAGAAACAUCUAGACAAGCAAAAAAGACCAGCAUCUGCAGCUACUACAGAACAAGAAGAAAAGAGGCUCAGAGCUCUGCCCUUAGUUGCUAGUCCUCUUCAAGAGCUGCCCAGUCAAGACCUACAAGACCAAGAUGACUGGGAACAAGAUGAAGGCAUGGACUCUAGGCUGGAGGACAGCCCCUCAGUUCAAACAGAUUCUGAAUCUCCAAGCCCUGAAGAGGUACCAGACUACCUUCUGCAAUACAGGGCCAUCCAUAAUGCAGAGCAGCAACAUGCCUAUGAGCAGGACUUCGAGACAGAUUAUGCUGAAUACCGUAUCCUACAUGCCCGUGUUGGUGCUGCAAGCCAAAGGUUCAUAGAAUUGGGAGCAGAGAUCAAGAGAGUUGAGCGAGGAAGCCCCGAACAUAAGAUGCUGGAAGAUAAAAUAGUCAAGGAAUAUAAAAAGUUCAGGAAGCGGUACCCAGGUUAUAGGGAAGAAAAACGUCGCUGCGAAUACCUCCAUCAGAAACUGUCCCACAUUAAAGGUCUCAUCCUGGAGUUUGAGGAAAAGAACAGAGGAAGCUAA